AUGAGCCUCGCGCACGUGCUCCUUGCUUUGCUACAACCUUUGAUUGACAGCCGGGCGGCAGCACGCAGGCGCGGUGAGCGCUCCCGCAGACAGGGGGCGUCAUGGCGUCCUGAGAAAGACAACACAGCCCGACACCGCACCGAUCUUCGGCUGACAUCGGGAUUCGGGAGGAGAGAGGGGCAGUUUCGCCAAACAUUAGACUGCUCGGUGAUACAAAAGCAGGUGAGACCGAGGCGACCGCUCCUUUUUGGGAUACUGGUCGGAAAUGUCGAGCGAGAAACCGGUUUUAGCACCGGGUUCCGCCUCGCUCACGGACCGAGAAGCCCCCCACCACUAGCACCACCGGGCUCGGGGCAGCAAGUCGUAACGGGCUCCGUUACUGGGGACAUGAUGGUGUCUGGAUCGGGCGCCGUGGUUCUACCGGCCGGGGUGAUAAACCCUUCGGUUCCGAUCCGGAAUAUCAAGAUGAAAUUCGCCGUGCUCAUCGGUUUGAUCCAGGUCGGGGAGGUUAGCAACAGAGAUAUCGUGGAGACAGUUUUAAAUCUGCUGGUGGGCGGAGAGUUUGACCUGGAGAUGAACUUCAUCAUCCAGGACGCAGAAAGCAUCGCCUGCAUGGUGGAGCUGCUGGAGCACUGUGACGUCACCUGCCAGGCGGAGAUCUGGAGCAUGUUCACAGCGAUCCUGCGGAAGAGCGUCCGCAACCUCCAGACCAGCACAGAGGUGGGGCUCAUCCAGCAGGUGCUGCAGAAGAUGAGCUCCGUCGACGACAUGAUUGCAGAUCUCCUAGUGGACAUGCUGGGGGUUAUGGCCAGCUAUAGUAUCACAGUGAAGGAGCUGAAGCUGUUAUUCAGCAUGCUGAGGGGGGACGGAGGCGUGUGGCCAAGACACGCCAUUAAGCUCCUAUCAGUGCUGAAUCAGAUGCCUCAGCGGCACGGCCCUGACACCUUCUUCAACUUCCCAGGACGCAGUGCGGCGGCCAUUGCUUUGCCGCCCAUUGCUAAGUGGCCUUACCAGAACGGAUUCACUCUCAACACUUGGUUCCGAAUGGACCCACUCAAUAAUAUCAAUGUAGACAAGGAUAAACCAUACUUAUACUGUUUUCGAACCAGCAAAGGGAUUGGCUACUCGGCGCACUUUGUGGGGAACUGUUUAAUUGUGACAUCGCUGAAGUCGAAGGGGAAAGGUUUUCAACACUGUGUGAAGUACGACUUCCAGCCCAGGAAGUGGUACAUGAUCAGCAUAGUCCACAUCUACAACCGUUGGAGGAACAGUGAAAUCCGUUGCUAUGUCAACGGCCAGCUGGUUUCCUACGGCGACAUGGCGUGGCACGUCAACACCAAUGAUAGUUAUGAUAAAUGUUUCCUGGGCUCUUCAGAGACUGCGGAUGCUAACCGGGUGUUCUGUGGGCAGCUCGGAGCUGUCUAUGUCUUCAGUGAGGCGCUGAACCCCGCACAGAUCUUUGCCAUUCAUCAGCUUGGACCCGGAUAUAAGAGCACGUUUAAGUUCAAGUCAGAAAGCGACAUCCACCUGGCUGAGCACCAUAAGCAGGUUUUGUAUGAUGGGAAGUUGGCCAGCAGCAUUGCCUUCACCUACAACGCUAAAGCCACCGACGCACAGCUGUGCCUGGAGUCCUCGCCCAGGGAAAACUCCUCCAUAUUUGUGCACUCGCCACAUGCCCUAAUGCUGCAGGAUGUGAAGGCUAUCGUCACUCACUCCAUCCACAGCGCCAUCCACUCCAUUGGAGGAAUCCAAGUUCUUUUCCCGCUCUUCUCACAGUUGGACUACAGGCAACCCAACGACAGCCCUGUGGAGACGACCGUCUGUGCCACUCUCCUCGCUUUCCUAGUGGAGUUGUUGAAGAGUUCAGUAGCCAUGCAGGAGCAGAUGUUGGGUGGAAAAGGCUUCCUGGUCAUUGGCUAUUUGCUAGAGAAGUCGUCUCGGAUGCACAUCUCCAGGGCGGUUUUGGAGCAGUUUCUGUCCUUUGCCAAGUAUCUCGAUGGGUUGACACAUGGAGCUCCUUUACUGAAGCAGCUAUGUGAUCACGUUUUGUUUAAUGCUGCCAUCUGGAUCCAUACACCAGCUAAGAGGUGA